AUGGAAGAAGAUAAUUUUUAUCUUCGGUACUAUGUUGGACACGAAGGUAGAUUCGGUCACGAAUUUCUCGAGUUUGAAGUAGAAUCUGAUGGAAGACUACGCUAUGCCAACAAUUCCAACUAUAAAAGGGAUAUAUUAAUCAAAAAGGAGGUCUACCUAACCAAAGAAGUCGUAAAUGAGCUCUCUCGUAUAAUAACAGACUCUGAAAUAACUCAUGAAAGUGAUAAUGGAUGGCCACAACCCGAUAGAAUAGGGAAACAGGAACUGGAAAUCAAACUUGAUGGGAAAUACUACACAUUUACAACUUCAAAAAUCGGCUCACUCCAUGAUAUACAAGGCUCAAAAGAUCCUGAAGGCUUGCGUAUAUUCUACUAUCUGGUGCAAGAUCUCAAGUGCUUUAUCUUCUCCCUAAUUAGUCUGCAUUUUAGAGUAAGUUGUGUAGUAUAA